CCGCGUUUGACGUUAUCCUUUGCAAAAAUGGCACAUGUUUAUCGGCAUCGAGUGUUAUCCCACAAAUUACGUUUUCAUUUCGGUUUGUUUCAUCAUUUUAGUAUUUCAGAAAGUUACAACAGCGCAAGACAAUUAUGUUUUACUACAUGUCAUGGCAAAACGCCCACAGGAAAUUCAAAAUCGUACCCUGAAAAUGAUCCAGAAAAUGACCUUGAUUUCUUUGGUGUCGCUGAAUCCGAUAAAAAGGAUUCAAGAAAAUUCAAGAAAAUUUCUGAUUCAGAGAAAAAUUAUAUUCAUGACUUGGUUGAAAAGUAUGCAGUUCCCACCGGCCCAAAGAACAUACAACUGAAAACUUAUGGCAGCAUUCGAUAUGACCACAAAAUUCCAAAAUCUGAGCAGGCUAUGCAGCCAGCAAAACAGACAAGAAAACAAAGACGUUUAAACAGGGGAGUUGAAAUGAACCAAACUGAUUCCAGCCCAGCAUCAUUCAUUUUGCAUUAUGAAAAAGAUGUUGAAAAGACUGAGGGCAAUGUCCAAGGAAAUAAUGGUGGUAACCAUUCAUUAUCAUUACACAAAAAUGAAAAAAGCAUUAGAGAAGAUGAUCUUUCUUUAUCAAGGUCAAAAGACCAAAUGCAGUCAGAUAGAAGUCUAUCAUUUAUUGAUAAACAGUACUUCAGUUAUGAUAGUGUUGUUGAAAAGUAUGCCAAGCCCGAACAAUCACUGAAAGAAGAAAAUCAAGACAGUUAUAGUCAGUCAAGAAGUGAAACUGAUUUGUCGUUUAUUGAUGAGCAGUACUUCAAUUAUAAUGACACUGUUGGAGAUGAGAAAAUCAACUUUCAAACUUCCGGUAGUUCAGAAAAUAUUGAUGUAAAAAGGUUUGUUGGGGGAAAUGAUGUAAAACUCAAAGAAGGUAAUCAAUACAACAAAACAGAUAAAGCAGGAUUAACCAAGGAACAUGACAAUCAAGAUUUAUCGUUCAUUGAUGAACAAUACUUUAGUUACAAUAAUAGACAUGAAAAAGCCCAAAAUGCUAAAGAAAGGCUACAUGAGUCUGACAAUUUAGCAGGACAUAGAAAAAGUAGAAAACAUCGACAAGAAGUCACUGCACCAUUUGAUUCAGUGAAUUCUGAAAGGAUCUUUAAUCAAAGAGAAACAAACAGCUCUGAUAUGUCAGUUGACAAGUCAAGACAAAGAAAAGAUAAACAAAAAGACAAUCCAGAGAUGAAUCAAUUUAAGGAAAUAGUGAACGAAACUCCUUUGACAGAAAAGAAACAAACAGCAUAUGAUGUAAGUAUGAAGAUAAGAGCAGAAUCAGACAAAAAGAGAGGAAGUAACCUUGUUGGCAAGUUUGACCCCCAAACAUAUGACAGUAAGGGAUUUCGAAUACUUAAAGAUCAAGUGCCACAUUUUGAGAAUGUACCAUCUAUUGAUGUUCUUAGUGUUUUGCGAAAGAGUAUUAUUUUUGAUAGAAAUGAUAUAGUUGCUAUUAGUAAGCCUUAUGGUCUGUCAUCCCAUGAUGGACCUGGUGUGUUCCACAGUGUAGGAAAUCUAAUUGAUAGAUUAAUACCAAGAACACAGCUGUUCCCAGUCCAUAGACUUGACAAAGAAACAACUGGUGUAAUGUUGUUUGCUAAAACAGAGGAGAUGGCUAAUAGGUUGAGUGAAUGCUUUCUCCACAGGGAAAUAAAAAAGAAAUACCUAGUGAUAACAAAGAAUAUUCCUGAGAUGCAAUCUGGUGAAAUAGACAUUCCAAUAACUGAAGGAACUGUUGAGGGGAAAGUGAGAAUGUGUCUUAGACCUUAUAAUUCUCCAGAACUUAAUGCUGUUACAAAGAAAAGACAGCCUGGCACAGAGGCCAUAACUAGAUAUAGAGUUCUUGAUCAGGGAAAGAAAUGUGCUCUCCUAGAAUGCUUCCCAAUAACUGGCAAAAAGCAUCAAAUCAGAGUACACCUUGCCCUUGGAUUAAACUGUCCAAUACUUGGGGAUCAUAAAUAUUCCCAUAUCAACAAAAUUGCACCAAUGAAACUUCAUCCAGAAAUCCUAGAAAGACUGAAGAUUCAACAAAGUAAAGUGCGAUAUUUGGCCAUGCAUUUACAUGCCAGGUCAAUCAUGAUCCCAGAGUUUUUGAAUGGGAGAAACCUGUUUAUUUCAGCACCUCUUCCACCUCAUUUUGUCAGAAAUAUGAAAGAUUUAAAAUUGAAUCUACCUCCACAUUGCUAGAUACAUUCAAAAAACUUUUGUACCAAAUUAUGUUGUUACAUU